AUGCCGGCAGCCCGCGCCGGGCCUCGCCGGGCCGCCCUGCGCCCGCAGCAUCGCGGCGGCCCGUGUGCGAUGAGCCGCCCACCCUCGGGCACCUUCUCCGCCCCGCUCGCCUCCUCCUCCCACGGAGCCACCCUCCUCCUCCGCCCCCUCUCCCUGCCAGCCUCCUCCCCGCCCUUCCCCGCACUCCACGCCGGUGCCGGAGCCGCGCGUCAUUCGGGCUCCAGCCCCGCCGCAGACAUGGCGACACUGACAGCGGUCCAGCCGCUCACGCUGGACAGAGAUGUUGCAAGAGCAAUUGAAUUACUGGAGAAACUGCAGGAAUCUGGAGAAGUACCAGUACACAAGCUACAGUCUCUAAAGAAGGUGCUGCAGAGUGAGUUCUGUACAGCUAUCAGAGAGGUGUAUCAAUACAUGCAUGAAACCAUAACUGUUAAUGGCUGCCCCGAAUUCCGAGCCAGGGCCACUGCAAAGGCAACAGUUGCUGCAUUUGCUGCAAGCGAAGGCCAUUCACACCCGCGGGUGGUGGAGCUGCCAAAGACUGAGGAGGGCCUGGGCUUUAAUGUCAUGGGAGGAAAAGAACAAAAUUCACCUAUUUAUAUUUCUCGCAUCAUUCCUGGAGGAGUGGCAGAAAGGCAUGGUGGGCUCAAACGUGGGGACCAGCUGCUUUCAGUUAAUGGAGUGAGUGUGGAAGGAGAACACCACGAGAAGGCAGUGGAGCUGCUGAAGGCAGCCAAGGACAGCGUGAAGCUGGUGGUGCGCUACACUCCCAAGGUGCUGGAGGAGAUGGAGGCUCGCUUUGAAAAGCUGAGAACAGCCCGGCGCCGGCAACAGCAGCAAUUGCUCAUUCAGCAACAGCAACAGCAGCAAACUACACAGCAAAAUCAUAUGUCGUUGUUCUCAAGAAAGAAGAAGCCUCAAUCAAGAGUUCAGUAA